AUGGAAGAGUACGAUCCGAGGAAGCUGGAGGAUGAGAUUAGUGGAUUGCAUCAUUUCGACGAGAAAACAGAUGAGUCCCAAGAAGAUGAAUUCGUCCAGCUCACCCCAAUUGUUCCGAGCUCUUCCCCGAUGGACAUGGGCUCGACUUCAGAUCUGAAUCGAAACCCUUCUAAACGCAGGCUGCCAGAGAAAGAAGAAUUCUCUGACCUUGACGAAACCUUCAGAGUGAUCAUCGGCCUUAGUCAAAAUGGCAAGAAAGUGACAGUCCAGCGCCCGGGAACUGGGCAACUCUUACAGGUUGACCUUGGUCAGCUCGAACAGUUUUUGGAAUUCUACGGAAGGCCAGUGGAUUCCUCUCCACUUCGCAAUGGAAAAAUUAGCAAAAUCAUCGAAAAUUUGAUAAAUGGUCAUACGGUCGAACAAGUCACAGAUCAAGAAGUCGCCUAUCUCGUCGAAAGUGUCGAGCGAAUAGAGACUGUCCCCAAACGGGGAAAAGGAACUGGCAGAUUCAAGUGCAAAAUUUGCCCUCAUCUUUUUCCGGAAAGCAGUGGCCACGGGCUCAGCAACAAAGAGUCGCUAACGCGCCAUUACAAAUUUCAUUUGAAACAUCAUAUCGGAGAGUGGAAAUGCAGCCUCUGCGAGCAUAAACACUUCCGCAUCGACAAUGUUACUCACCAUAUAAAACGAAUUCACGGAGGAAAUGAGAAUGGACACCCGAUCAAGGUGGGAGACUCCCGAAUCAAGAAAGAGCCAUUAUUGUGA